GGAGAAAGGAAAGCGCGAGGAAUCGCUACCACCGCCUCCACCAGUACCAGCCGUGACGGAGCUGAGAGGAGACCACGGGCCCUACCGCCCUGCCUCUCCUUCUUAUCGCUGGCUGCCAACCUCCUCGGGAUUUAUUCCAACAAUCUGUUAAAACAUGGUGGAUUACUAUGAAGUUCUAGGCGUGCAGAGACAUGCCUCACCUGAGGAUAUUAAAAAGGCAUACCGUAAAUUGGCACUGAAGUGGCACCCUGAUAAAAAUCCUGAGAAUAAAGAAGAAGCAGAGAGAAAAUUCAAACAAGUAGCUGAGGCAUAUGAGGUGUUAUCAGAUGCUAAAAAACGGGACAUCUAUGACAAAUAUGGCAAAGAAGGAUUAAAUGGUGGUGGUGGAGGUGGAAGUCAUUUUGACAGUCCAUUUGAGUUUGGCUUUACAUUCCGUAAUCCAGAUGAGGUCUUCAGGGAAUUUUUUGGUGGAAGGGACCCAUUUGCUUUUGACUUCUUUGAAGACCCAUUUGAGGAGUUUUUUGGAAAUCGAAGAGGCCUCCAUGGAGCCAGAAACAGGGGCACAGGAUCUUUUUUCUCUUCCUUCAGUGGAUUUCCAUCUUUUGGAGGUGGAUUUCCUUCUUUUGAUACAGGAUUUACAUCAUUUGGUUCUCUGGGGCAUGGGGGCCUUACUUCAUUUUCUUCAACAUCCUUUGGUGGUAGUAGGAUGGGCAACUUCACAUCUAUAUCAACUUCUACUAAAAUAGUUAAUGGCAGAAAAAUCACUACAAAGAGGAUUACUGAGAAUGGUCAAGAAAGAGUAGAAGUUGAGGAAGAUGGCCAGUUAAAGUCCUUAACGAUAAAUGGUAAGGAGCAGCCGCUACGCUUGGAUAACAAGUAAUUCAACGCACGCAUUUAACAGAAAUGUUAAACUAUAACAAGCACCAUUUGAGGAUUAACAGGAACAUUUUUUUGAAGAUUUCAAACGAACUCUACUUUCGGUAUAACUGUACCUAAUCUAAAGUAUUUAUAAACAGCUCAUCGGAGCACCUAUUUGUCAUAGACUUUUGAGUUGAUUGUUGGGACCACAUUGAUAGGACCAUUUUUUCUUUUUGUCUUUAAAAUUGUUGUAAAUUUCUGUAUGCACUUUGCUUUUUUAUUAAACUUAAUCCAAGGUGAACCGUGAUUCUUUAGUAGUGCUAGGACAAAAUUGUACACUAACACCAGCAUGGAUCUUGCUCUUUCCAUUUUGUUUGAAAUGUGAGCCAAGUAGUUUCAGUCUGCUGUGAAGUUAACAUUGCCAGGAUGAAUCUUCUACAAAAAUAAUUUUUUUUUUUUCAGUAUUUAGUAGUGAAAGAUAUUAAUACAUUAAUGGUGAUACAUUUCUGGUUUAAUAUAAACUAAGGAUGUUUUCUAGUCCUGCAUGAAUGCUGGCAACUUAGUAAGUUUUGACGAUUGUUUAAAUAUGUAAUGUUAAGCUUAGGUUUAUAAAAAGUAAAGCUGGUAAACUGGGUCUUUGUCAUUUGCUUAAAAAAAAAGAAAAUAAAUGCUAAUGUGUUUGGUGCAUUCUUUCAUGAA